AAGUCGACGCAACAUCCUUUCGCCAUGUUGACCGUCAAGUCGCUCUCCUUGUCCACUGUUGGACGCCGCGCGCUCGGAGCCACACGUGGCAUGGCUGGAGGCCGUGCCACCUUCAAUUGGCGUGAUCCGCUUAUGCUGGAGGGCCAGCUGACGGACGAGGAGGCCAUGAUCCAGAAAUCGGCCAACGACUACUGCCAGGGCAAACUGCUACCGCGCAUCGUGGAGGCGAACCGUAAGGGCAAGUUCGAUCGCUCCAUUAUGAAGGAAAUGGGUGAAAUGGGCUUCCUGGGUCCCACGAUCCAAGGCUACGGAUGCGCUGGUGUGGGCUACGUGUCCUAUGGCCUCAUUGCGAACGCGGUGGAGCGUGUGGACAGCGCCUACAGAUCCGCGAUGAGUGUGCAGUCGUCUCUGGUGAUGCACCCGAUCAACACAUUCGGAUCCGACGAGCAGAAGGAGAAGUACCUCCCGCGUCUUGCCACUGGUGAACUCAUUGGCUGCUUCGGCUUGACGGAGCCGAACCACGGAUCUGACCCUGGAUCGAUGGAGACGCGUGCUAGGCUCAAGGGAGACAAGUACAUUCUCAACGGUUCCAAGAAUUGGAUCACAAACGCUCCUAUCGCCGACGUGUUCCUCGUCUGGGCCAAGGACGACGAGGGUGACAUCCGCGGUUUCAUUCUAGAGAAGGACUUCCCUGGUCUGUCAGCUCCCUACAUUGAAGGCAAGGCGACAUUGAUGGCAUCUGCUACUGGCAUGAUCUUCCUGGAAGAUGUCGAAGUUCCCAAGGAAAAUAUGCUUCCUAAGGUGAAAGGCCUCAAGGGUCCCUUCACGUGUCUGAACAGUGCUCGUUACGGAAUUUCCUGGGGGGCCCUCGGUGCAGCAUACGCCUGCAUGGACAUCGCCCGUCAGUACACUCUUGACCGCAACCAAUUCGGCGCUCCACUCGCAGCCAAUCAGCUAAUCCAGAAGAAGUUGGCAGAUAUGAACACGGAGAUCGCGAUCGGUCUUCAGGGAUGCCUACAAGUUGGUCGGCUGCUUGACGAAGGCAAGGCGCCAGUGGAACUGAUCUCAAUGGUCAAGCGUAACUCGUGUGGCAAAGCAAUCGAGAUCGCUCGCAACGCUCGUGACAUGCUUGGCGGCAACGGCGUCUCGGACGAAUACCACAUCAUCCGCCACGUCGUCAACCUGGAGGCUGUCAACACAUACGAGGGAACCCAUGACGUGCACGCUCUCAUCCUUGGGCGUGCCAUCACAGGCCUGCCUGCUUUCGUGCCUCGCAUGGCUCCAUAGACAACUGGAGGUUCCAAGUUGGACAGACAACAGAACUGACAAUACACGUACUUGUUGAAAUGGUCAA